UAAAUUUGUGAAACCCUUUUCAGUUUCAACAAAAUACAACGCUUCCCCUUUCACCUUACAUUCUUCCUUUCUCCUUCUUCCCUCAGCCGUUUCACGAACUUGAAAAGGCAGACACAUGGUUUCAAGUUCGUUUAAAACCUUCUCUCAGACACUGCCUCUGAUUUCCAGCAUCUCCUCGACACCCUUCCUCGCCCUUCCACCGCCGUCUGAAACACCUUCAUCAUCGGCUUCAUCUGCGACCAGCCCACGUCUCUUUCCAUGGUAACCCCUGUCGCAGGUGCCUUGGCCACUGGGAUUGGGCCUUUGACGGGUGGUCAAGGAACUGGCUAGAUGGCGGUUAUGCAAACAAACGAAGACAAGGGAUUUUUUGGAGGGUUCGAAUCAAGUAGGGAAGGUGGUCUGCUUUGUUCCUUAAAUGGUGAUGGUGGCUGCUGGCUGGGUGCUCAUACUCGAUUUGGGUUUUCUUGCAAAUUUUCAGAUUUGGUACACCUAUGCUGGGAUUAUGGGGUUCCAGUUUGUGCAUUGGUGUCGUUCUUCUACGUUGUUCUUGAAUGUGUUUGUAGGCUGCUGUUAUCUGGCUGAUAAUGGAAUUAGGACUAUCUAGGCCCAAAUUUAUUAAUACAAGAUUGUCUCAGCUUUUAAAAGAAUAUGAUGAAGAACUGUGGCGCCAUCUUGAGAUCACUUCUAAAGUAAGACAAUUUUUAAUAGAUAUUCUAUAUUGUUAAAGUUAUCCUUUUACUUUAUGUUUGGAAAUAUCGGUAAACUGAAUUAUUCAUUUGCUGAUUGCGAUAUCUGCUGUUAUGUAAUUGUUCAAGGACUGUGCACUAUUCUGUGCUGUAUUACAUUUGCUAAAUAACUAAAUUAUAAAUAGAUAAAUAAGUGUGACUCUUUCCUGUUUCAUUUUUUUAGUGAUGUGAGUAUGACCUUCUCUAUGUUAGAAUUAUUAUUUUGGCCAUUUGUUUUCUUCUAUUUACAGUGUUUUAUGUUUCUCCACUACUGCUAAUGAAGUGAUAGAGGCUUUAAUUAGUCAUUGUACUUUUUUAAGUGCAUGCUUGCCUGAUUAUUCAACCAUUAUUUGCUUCUGGCUAUUGAACAGUUUAUCAAAAAUGGCUAUUAGAUGAGGAUCUCACAAUUAUAAUUAUACUAUGGAGGGAGAAUGAGCGAAACUUAUAAGUUGGGCGAGGGAGGGAAAACUCUAUUCUGGAAAACCAUUGUUGGUUCUUUGGACCCAAAGCCUAUUAAGCUCACGUGAUUCUUUAUCCAUUAUAAUCAAAUUCAGUUUCUGAAACCUCAUCAUUUUCUUAGUUUCAAAACUAGCUCAAAUAUGAUUGCAUUAGAACCGUUAUUGUACUUACAAUUUCUUGCCUCACUUUCACUUUCGCUAACAGCCCAAUAGGUUCAAGUUUCUAAUUAAACAGGCUUUGUGAAAGCUAACAUGUUUACAUGAUGUGUAGAUUAUAUGUCUAAUUUGUCUUUUAAUUUCAAUGACUUUUCCUUCGCUCAAGCGAAACAAGCUGCUGGCAGCAAUCCAGAAACAGGUAAAUUAGCACCCUCAGAUUUCAGUUUGAUUUAUACCUAUGCAGCAGAAAAAAAAGAAAAGAAAAAAAAAGACAAUGACAAGAAUUUCAUUUCAUACUGAAUGAGGAAAUAGGACCACCCUUUAUCUGACCGCAGCUUUGUGACCAGUGUCUGUAAGCAAGGUAAAAGAGUAGGAAGAAAGAAAUGA